AUGGGCCAGACCAUAGCAGGCCUUGUCAGCCAUGUUGAGGAAUGUGGAUCUGAAGUCCACAAUGACAUGCCCCUUGUCCUGAGGCAGUUUUAUGGCAACAGGCUACAGGAUGUUAAUCUGCGCAAUUUCAGCCAUGGCCAGACCAGCCUGGACAGGCUUAGAGACGGUCUCGUGGGUGCCCAGUUCUGGUCAGCCUACGUCCCAUGCCAGACCCAGGAAAGGGAUGCUGUGCGCCUCACCUUGGAGCAGAUUGACCUCAUUCGCCGCAUGUGUGCCUCCUAUUCUGAGUUGGAGCUUGUGACCUCAGUUAAAGCUCUGAACAAUACCCGGAAGUUGGCUUGCCUCAUUGGUGUGGAGGGUGGCCACUCGCUGGACAAUAGCCUUUCCGUCUUGCGUACGUUCUAUGUGCUGGGUGUGCGCUACCUGACGCUCACUCACACCUGCAACACACCCUGGGCAGAGAGCUCAUCUAAGGGCAUCCAUCCCUUCUAUAGCAGUGUCAGCGGGCUGACCAGCUUUGGUGAGAAAGUGGUGGUUGAAAUGAACCGCUUGGGCAUGAUGGUAGAUUUGUCCCAUGUCUCUGACACUGUGGCACGGCGAGCCUUGGAAGUGUCACAGGCACCUGUGAUCUUCUCCCACUCAGCUGCCCGGGGUGUGUGCAAGAAUGCCAGGAACAUUCCUGAUGACAUCCUGCAGCUUCUGAAGAAGAAUGGCGGUAUCGUGAUGGUGUCUUUGUCACCGGGGGUGCUGCCGUGCAACCUGUUAGCCAAUGUGUCCACUGUGGCAGAUCACUUUGACUACAUCAAGGCAGUCAUUGGAUCCAAGUUCAUUGGGAUUGGUGGAGAUUAUGAUGGGGCUAAACGGUCAUGA